AGCCAUCCCCGCCCCGCCCCCCCGGGCCGUACCACCUGCGUGCCGCGCGGGGGGGUGGCCGUGCCGGGAUGGCGGCGCCCCGCGCCGUGCUGCUGCUGAGCGGCAAGAGGAAGUCGGGCAAGGACUUCGUGGCCGAGCAGCUCCGCAGCCGGCUGGGCCCCGCCGUGUGCUGCGUGCUGCGCCUCUCCGCGCCGCUCAAGGAGCGCUACGCCGAGGAGCAUGGCCUGGACUUCCAGCGGCUCCUGGACGCCAGCACCUACAAGGAGACGUACCGGCAGGACAUGAUCCGCUGGGGCGAGGAGAAGCGCCGUGCUGACCCAGGCUUCUUCUGCAGGACGGUGGUGGAGGGGGUGGCACAGCCGGUGUGGGUGAGUGGGGCCGGGGAGGAGCACGGGGGGCGCGGGGUGGCCGCUGACGCAGCCUGGGUGCAGGUGGUGAGCGACACGCGGCGCCUCUCGGAUGUGGAGUGGUUCCGGGACGUCUAUGGGGACGCAGUGCAGACCGUGCGGGUCGUGGCCUCCGAGGAGACGAGGAAGAGGAGGAACUGGGUCUUCGUAGCGGGUGAGCGAGCACUGCUUCCCGUCACACCGCAGCCAAACCUGGGGCAUCGCAGUGCCCUGCAGCACGGCUCUCCCCUGUCUCCACUGCCGUGCCUGGAGUGCAGGAUCCAGAAGGGGUGGACGACGCCGAGUCUGAGUGCGGCCUGGACCAGGGAGUGGCCUUCGACUGGGUAAUAACCAACGAUGGGGACGAGCUGUCCCUGGACAGGCAGCUGGAAGCGCUGCUGCAGUCUGUCCGCGCCCAGCUGUAGCUCCCACAUGGGAUUUGGGGGGCACGUGGCUCUUCAGAGCCGCUCACACGGGGCCUCAUCCUUCCCGGGGGCUUUACCCUGCAUGGGGAGCAUCGUGGGGGCCACCUGUGGGUCCCCAGUAGUGGGGCUGGGGAGGAGGAGACCGGGGGGAGGCAGCCAGCCACCCCAGCACCUCCAUCCGCUUCACCCACACCCCACAGGGGCCGUGCCUUCCCCCAGGAGCGAGGGGCUGCUGCUGUUCAGUGACCUUCAGCUGUGGCUUGGGGACUGCGUCCUGCGUCCCAUGUCCCCUGCGAGCCCAGCGGCGCUUCCCAGUUUGCCUCUCCUGUCCAGGCUGGGGGCGAUGUCUGCACUGGAAUAAAGCUCUGACGCUGAGAAACA